UUAUUGAAUGAAAACAGUGGACAACCACCAACAAGGUGCUCCUCUUCAACCUCACAACUACAAAACUGGAUCUGCCUCGUGAAAAAUGACCCAACAAAUGCAGAGCUUACAGCUUUCCCAGACGAAAAAGAACAACCCUCCUUCUUCUCCCAACGCUGCUAAACGACUAUAUCGGAACCUCUCGGAGAAGCUGAAAGGAAGUCAUUCCUCUUUUGAUGAGGUGUAUUUCAGAACCAGAUCAGACCGUCUCAGUCUCCGAAAGUCUUCAGUGAACCUCCAGUGCUGUGAAGCCAUGCUUGAGGCGGUGGAGCAGCAGGACCUCGAGGCUGUUCAGAUCCUCCUCUAUCAAUAUACGCCUGAGGAACUGGAUCUCAACACUCCUAAUAGUGAAGGAUUAACUGCACUGGAUAUAGCAGUCCUAACAAAUAAUGUGCCUAUUGCCAAGCUUCUUUUGAAAGUCGGGGCUAGGGAGAGCCCGCACUUUGUUGAUAUGGAAAGCAGGUCAAUCCACCUGAACCACUUAGUUCAAGAAGCUCAACAACGAGUGAACGACCUGUCUGCACAAGUAAUGAACGAUGGUCUCAGUACGGACAGUUGUGAGAAGGAAAAGCAGCUGAAGGCCUGGGAGUGGAGAUACCGGCUCUACAAACGAAUGAAGUCAGGCUUUGAACUUUCCAGAGCCCCCGAGGCACCAACUAAUGUCUGCCUUAUGGUAACAAGCAGUACAUCACUCACUGUCACUUUCCAAGAACCUCAUAGCAUGAACUCAGCGGUGGUGACCAAAUACAAAGUGGAAUGGAGCUGUUCAGAAGACUUUUCUCCUUUGGUCGGGGAAAUCAUCAUGGAUAAUCUUCAGUCUUUGAGGUGCACCAUUACUGGCCUCACAAUGGGCCGAAGCUAUUAUGUCAGAGUUUAUGCUUUCAACAUGAAAGGCUGGGGACAGCCUCAGACUUCCACACCCUCUUGCGCUGCUCCUUCUAACUGGAAAGACUACGAUGGCAGAGAGCCGAGGCACAGGGGACAAAUUGAGGCUCUGGACCGUCUGCUGCAGCAGGUUAGGGCGUCUCAUCAGAGUCACAGUUGCCGAGAUAGUGCCAAACUGCAGAAUGCCGGCCGCAAGCAAUCUGUCUCACGGAGCUUGAAGCAUCUGUUCCACUCUUCAAACAAGUUUGUGAAGACUUUGAAAAGAGGGCUGUAUUUAGCUGUGAUAUUUUAUUACAAAGACAACAUGCUAGUAACCAAUGAAGAUCAGAUCCCGAUUGUGGAAAUCGAUGACUCUCAUGCCAGCAACAUUAUGCAAGAUUUCCUCUGGUUCACGAAGCUGUCUUGCAUGUGGGAUGAUAUCCGGUGGCUGAGGCAGAACAUGUCCAUCUCCGUGUCCUCAUCCACAACGCUUCAGGCCAGGCAGAAAAUGCUCUCUGCAACAGCCCAGUUACAGAAUCUGCUGGGUACACACAACUUGGGCCGAGUCUAUUAUGAACCAAUCAAAGACCGCCAUGGCAAUAUUAUCAUAGUCACCAUAAGAGAAGUGGAAACUCUCUAUUCCUUUUUUAAUGGCAAAUGGAUGCAAAUAUCCAAGCUACAAAGCCAGAGGAAAUCCCUUUCAACGCCAGAGGAGCCAACAGCACUAGACAUUUUGCUCAUCACAAUCCAGGACAUCCUUUCCUAUCACAGAAGGAGCCAACAGCGCCUGGCUCCUGGCCUCUACUUGGGCUAUCUGAAACUCUGCAGCUCAGUGGAUCAGAUAAAAGUGCUUGUCCUGCAAAAACUGCCCAAUAUUCUGUGUCAUGUCAAAAUCCGAGACAACAGCAACGUGUCCAGAGAAGAGUGGGAAUGGAUCCAAAACCUUUCUGGCGCAGACUCGAUGGAAAAUAUGGAUCAUGCUGCAGAGUGCCCAACCCGGCUGUUCUUUGAGCUCCAGAUGGCAACCAAGGCUCUCCUUAAACAGAUCAAUCUACCUCUACGACAGGCUAAGCUCUUCCGUCUGUAUACACAGGAGGUGUUGGAACUGGGUCACAAUGUGUCCUUUCUUCUCCUGCUCCCUGCCUCAGACGACGUCUGCACUGCCCCAGGACAGAAUAACCCUUACACCCCGCACUCAGGAUUCCUUAACCUCCCUCUUCAGAUGUUUGAACUCGUUCAUUUCUGCAGUUACAAGGAGAAAUUUAUUAGUCUGUAUUGCCGCCUUUCUGCUGUCAUAGAGCUAGAUUUUCUGAGCACCCAGCAGUCCCUAAGGGAAGCAAUUUCAGACAGUGAAGUGGCUGCCGCUAAACAAAGACACCAGCAAGUCCUCGAUUACAUACAGCAAAUUGAUGAGAUUUGGCGUGAAAUGAGAUGGAUCAACGAAGCACUACAGUAUGCACGGUAUAAACAACCAUCGGGUGGCUUGCCGAUAACAAAGAUUGUGGAUCUGUCUGAAGAACCUGUGCAAAAGAAGAUAAGUUCAACAUCCUCCCAUCUCGAUUGUCUUCUGUCCCCACCACCUUCGCCAGAGACAGAGACCCACAGGAGAAAAGCUGCAAACGACUCCCAGCCGUACUCCGAUGAAGAGGGAUGCUCUGAAGUAUUCCUUCCAACAGACAGUGAUUACGAUUCGAGCGAUGCCUUGAGUCCCCGGGAGCUGGAUUUGGUUUAUUCGUCCUCCCAGGACAUAUCCCAUCAGGCUGUGAGCUGUCUGAGUGGCAGUGCACCAGAUGUCCUCCAGAUCCAUGACCUCAAACCUUGCUUGACUCCGAAACAGAAUGUGAGAAGAGGCAGCACGUUAGAGACGGAGGUUGACCAAUCUACAGAAAACAUGCAGACCUUGUCCCUAGGAGGGCUUUCUCCAAAGACCACGGAAAAAUACCCUAGCUUGAGGCAACCCUUGAGUUUCCUAGGUAAAAAAAAGCAUGGGAAACACCAGCACUACAGUUACUUCAGUCGACACCACCGCUGGCUACGUGUACACAGUGAGACCCAGUCAGUCUCCCUGUCUGAGGGCCUUUAUACGCCACAUCUGACGCGAGCCAUGGAGUUCUCCCAUGAGCCUGCCUCUGGUGAGCAGAUAAGCAUCUCUGUCGACUGUCCACGCGGCACUUUCUUACCUCAUGCAUCAAGCCUCCCAGAAGAAGGGAAAGGCAAAUACGAAGAACUGAGGCCCAGCAUCCACAGAAUAUAUGUGGAGCCUUUCAAAGCCACACUGUCCGGUGAAGAGGAUAAACCCUGGUCACUGAGCACCAGGCCAGGAGGUGGACAUGAGGAUUUGCACAGCCCCACAGAGCAGGGGAAGCUUUCAGAAGACCGAUCCAACUCCAGCAUCACUGAAGUAUUCAGUAGCAAUCUGUAGGGAAGGAUGUUGUUUGUUGGUACUUCUCCUCUAUCCUGUCUUUCACAUGGGAUCUCAGUUAUUCCCAAUGGAGAAUCCUUAUUUUAAGGCAACCUGUAUUUGUCAG